AUGCAUGCUGAAAGUUCCUGCGGCAGUGCUGAGGAGGUGCAGACCGAGAGCAUCGGCAUUGUCCAGUUCGAUAAUGCGGUGAUUUACGCCGAGGAGGGCCAGUCACUCAUGGUACAUAUCAUGCGCUUGGGGGAGCGGCACUCGGUCUGCUCCGGUGACUACUACGAGACUGGGGAUUCAGAGAUGUGGGGUGACAUAUGCGAAGCCUUGAAGGGCACCGCGCACUUCAAGCCAGGAGAGAGGAACACGACGAGCAGUCUGCAAUUCUUCGAAGAUUCUGGGUACCCAGGCUCGACAGUGGAGGCAAGCAUUCAAGUUUCGAGCCCACACGGCUGCGUACUCGGGGCGGUUAACGUGAAACAGGUCCGCGUGGAGUUGCUGGAUAAUCAUACUUCUCCCAGAAGACUACAGUACCGAGUCCGAGAGAAAGAGCCAAGAUUUUAG